GACAUGGACACCAACAUCAGCCUGCUGUUCCACCCGCCCAGACAAAACACUCCGACCAUUAAAGAAGUGGUUCGCAAGCAGAUACAGGAGGCGAAGAAGUUUAUUGCCAUAGCGAUGGACGUGUUCACUGAUGUCGAUAUUUUCAAAGAGAUCAUCACUGCCACGUUGAGGGGAGUGGUAGUCUACAUCCUCCUGGAUGAAGCCCAGUUCAAGAGUUUCCUCACCAUGUCACACAGGGUGGGCGUCAACAUUCAAGACCUCAAGAACCUUCGUGUUCGGACGGUUCAGGGUCAGCAGUAUCAGUGUCAGUCCGGGGUGAAGUUCCAUGGAGAUUUGGAGCAAAGAUUCCUUAUGGUGGACUGCAGAACAGUGAUGUAUGGAACAUACAGCUACACGUGGUCGUUUGAGAAGAUCAACCUCAGCAUGGUCCUGGUGAUCACAGGUCAGCUGGUUGGCUCUUAUGACGAGGAGUUUCGAAGACUCUACGCUCGCUCCUCACUUCCUGUAGUUCUGUCCAGGGAGAAGUCAUCUGUCCUGCCCCUAAGAGACACUGUGGGCCUGCAGAGCCCAAAUUCCAGCCAGCUUUCCCUCCACCAAAUUCACACGAGACCCAAAGUAAUGCACGGCAUGAGGAGUGCUCAGGAUGACAGGUUUAACAAUGCCGCCAUGAUGACCAGGGGCCUGAGCGUGCAGGAGAGGCUGCAUCAAUCUCACUGUUUCGACAUGGGAAAUCUGGUGCGGGGACACAGCUAUGGCGGAGAACUGCAGAAUAUAAACUCCAUGACUCGGUUAAGGAUGGGGACCAAGAACAUCGGAGUCCCUGUUUCUCCCGAGAAGACAGCACCUAACGUGAGGGGGGGCGGCGACUCGCUGCUAACAAACAGGAUGUCUCAGCAACACAUUAGGCACCAGACUCGCUAUGGAGCGGACCAGAAUCUGAUACCGUUCAACUCUGAAACAUCACUCAACAGGUGGAAGAUAGACACGUACUUUAAUGACAGCGGCGUGCCUCUAGAUGCAUCAUACGAUGCAUUAUCCCCAAUGCCAUCUCCGUAUAGUAGCCACACAGGCUUAAAUGAGCAACAGUCACAGCUGAUUCACAGCAGGUCGAGGGACAUAAAGUCCAGGAUGGAGGAAUUGAGGCAGAAGAGGCUCAGCCUGCAGGAGUACAGCAAUCUCAGGCAGAGCCAAGAGUCAUUGAGGUCUAUGUAUCCGACUGUGGAAAGACCUAAAUUUGUGUCCUUAUUAAGAGGUCUGGACAUGCGGCAGAGUGUGGCAGAAUUGGAGCCAAAUACAGAAAAAGGUUGCAGCCUGGAACCAGCCAACCCCAGAGACAGUGAGCCAAAUAAAGGAGGCAACAAAAGAGAGCAAACUUUCACUGAUGGCCACCGCUCUGCCUCUCACUAUGACGUCACAAUGGUUCAAGAUCGAAAGACAACGCAGACGUAUGACUGGCACGAGCCUCUUUCCAGGACAACCUCAGCUGCCGAUUUAGAUAUGAAACUAAACGAUCCAUCGCUCAAGCUCUCUCAUUUGCAUCCCAGCGGUCUCCAACACCCAAGAGCGAUGGAGUCUUUGAGUGAGAUCCCUGAAGAGAAAGAGAGUUCACGUGUCAACAGUUCGGACUCAGCUGCAUUUAAAGAAGAAAAUGAGGAGAUUCGCAAAGACAAGAAAGCUGUUCCAAAGGAGAACACUGUGAAAUCCAGCGUACCUGCUGAAUCACAGCGCCAGGAUCAAGCCAAAGGAAGACAUGGUUCUGUAGGUAAGGCAGCCAACAGUUCAGGCUCACCUGCUCCAAGAGAAGGAAUGAAAUCAAUAUCCAAUGAGAUACAAACUGCCCCAAAAAUCUUAAACACUUCUACAGGACCUCAGCAUGCCGUCGAAGCUAAGAGUACUCACAUGGAAAAAAAGCACACACAGCGCGAGGAACCACCCCUUCAGAGGAAGAAUUCCUUGAGAAUGAAAGUAUAUUCGAUGCUUUCCUCAGACGAAAACAAAGCAUCCAAAAAAGACGAGAAGUCACUCCAAAGAAAGGCCUCACUGAGAUCGUCGCAGAAUCACUCAGGAUCAAAACAACCACUCAGAGCAGACCAUUCACAGGCACCUGCGCCAGAGCAAACGACAAAGAAAGGUCAAUCGCCGAGCAUCUCCAGGUCGCAGAGCUCUCUCGGUAGUCAACCGGAGACAGAGAAGCAUAAAUCUCCAUUCCAAAGACUGUCUCCUCAGCGUUCAAGCAAAAAAAAGCAGAAUCCAGCAGGAGAGCCGGACCGAGGCGCAAGGAACACUCUGGACGACGAGGCAGCGACUCUCUAUCACACCAGAAGAGAUAAAGUCUACAGUCGAUUUGAAUAUUAUCUUAGCGCUGACAGUAUUCCUCAGGACAAAUCAAUGACAGGGGCAAGCAUGUUGCCCUCAGAGAAAGACAGAGGCUCUUCCCCGAACAAUCAUGACUCUGGUUAUCCAAUGUAUGAGACGCAAAGUGGCACUGACAACAAACUGGGAAGAUUCAUGCAGCGAGUAGGAAAUCUAAUAGGAAAGAACAAGUAGAGUUGUAGGAAAAGAGGAAAGCCACCGUCCUCAAGAAUGAAGGCACUAAUCCAUGAUCUGUUUAUUGAUUUAUUUUGGUUCCCACACAGAGACAAAUGCUGUAUGUGGUCAUCUCUGCAGUAAGCUACGUUUUUCUUUUGAUAGGUUUGAUAAUGUUGCUAAGAUCUUAUCAGGGAGGAAGCUGGGUCGAUAUGAUAAUACCGGUAAGUCAAGGUGUUUACAGAUGAAGUUAUAGCAGGGUGAAUAUGACCGUAGCGCUUGCAGACACAGAAAAAUGUGUUAUCAAGUGAGUUGAAUUGUGUGAAAAGACAUCUGUCUUUAUAUUGAAAGUGUUUGUUCUUUUUGAAAGUAACAAGUACAAGGCUUUUUAGUUUGCCAUGAAAAGACCAAAACCAACAGUGAAUGUAGGGGGACUCAACGUUCAGAAAAAUUCGGGACAGUAAGGAAUUACAAGCAGUUGUCCAGAGUCCUUUCCUGUUUGUCCCAAAAAUAAGGCUAACCCUGAGUUUUGAUUAGUUAUAGCCUGAUAAAACAUGCGAUACUGAUUAUUGUGAUUAUUUUUGGUGUUGCCCACAGAUGGGCACUGUUAUAUGUCUAUAGCCUACAUUCAUUAUGGCUGUUGUAGUUUUUUUUCAGCCGUGUACUGUAGUCCCACAAAUUGAAAAAUUCCAAAGGGAAAAUAAACCAUCCAUCACUGACGUGGAGCCUGGUGUCCUGGGACCUGGAACAGCCAGCCAAAACGAAAAAAACAUUUCAGCAGGUACCAGGAGGAGUGGGGAGGGAAAUACUUGGGAUCAUUGCUGCCUUACGAGACCCAAACAAAGCAUUUUGCAAAGACUGCAUUAAAGAAGGAAGUCUUGAGUUGGUUUUGGUCUUUUCAAGGAAUUUGUUGACAAUAAAAAAUAUAUAUAAUAUCGCCAACCUCAUCCUCAACCUCAUGUAUUUUUGAAUUGUCUUAUUUGUAAAAUGUAUAGCAGCUUGAUUUUGACUUAUGAUGAUAUUAAGAAGUCACAUGUCAAUGGGACUCCCACUUAAUGACUUUACAUACGUCACCGUGAACAGGUUUCAUUGCAUCUUCUUUCUACUGAAAAUAUAGUUCCUUUGAAAACUGAUCACAGUGAAGUCUUUUGAAUUCUUGUCGUUGCUGAUGUUGAAAAUGUCUAUAUUUAGUUUUUAAAUGCAGAUGGCAGCACUAUCAAAAUCCUGUUCACCUCCAUUGAUUUGGUGUUGCAGCAGAACUUUCAGAGACAGAUAUCUCAAAAUCUGGGCACAUAAACCUGAAGUUAUCUGCAUGGAUAGGUACCACAAGGGGUAACUCAGAACAAUAUAUAUUUUGAAGAGAGUGAAGAUUUAUCCUUGACCUUGGAAACCAGCAGUUUAGAAAGCAAUCAAGGUAUAUUAGAGCUGCUCUGGAGCCUUUGAUAAAAAAGGCAGAUAGAGUUUGUCCAGUUUUCAUGUAAUAUGUUAAGAUAAAACCUUUCUGGGGACUUUAAGGGCUUGUUGUCCAUGUCCUUGAAUGUUUGGACAUCAAAUCCAACAACUGAGCAAACUUCAUAUGCUGAGGAAGAUCAUGAUCAAAAGCUCCAGAACAGCAACUAAUUGGACCUUGAGGUGAGAUUGUUCAAAAGUGUUUUUUUGUAAACUGUGUGAACCAAUACUUCUAUCUAUUUAUGUGAUUUUUCAGUCACAUGAAAAUGUGGAUUGCAGGUUUUUA